AUGCCUAACUCUCCCCCGGAAUCACCAACAAUUCAGCCUGUUGAGGCACCACCUCCUUGGGAAGACUUUCCUGACAAUACUUAUGAGCAGGACCAAGGCUCAUUUGAGCCUUUUAUCCUUAAGUUGUAUCCCAUGCUGACCUGGAACACGGUUCCGGACGAUGUCUUUUCAUUCCACCUCCUUUCAUUUCAUGAUGAGCCAAUUGCAGGACAUCCGUCCUGGAUUGUGUUCGCAUAUACAUGUCCAUGGUGGAGGGGAAACAACUGGAUCCCUGAUCAACCAUGGCAGUGGGAUGAAAUAAUGGCUUCCUGCGUCUCUCACUACCAGUAUUGGGCGCUUAAUGUUGAGGAUGAUGCUUUGGUACUUCCAGAGAAGUUGAAAAACACUUCGACUCCACCACUCAUGGGACUGAGAUUCAUCAAAGAACACAUGGAAGCAUUGCUGGAGGAGCAAGAUCAGGGCAUCGAAGCUAAGAUGGGAGAGGUGAAGAUGUACACUGACAUGUUAGAGAAAUUGAGGAAAGGCAAAGGAGUGUAG